GUAAUGCGAGGGCCUUCGGUCUACUACUACUAAAUAUAUGCACUCAAAUAGAUAGCACCACCGAUCCGCAGCAAGUGAAAAUCCAAAAAAAGUUCAUAUAAACUAAAAAAAGGCAGAAUAUAAAACACAGGGCACGCGACCAAAUUACAAUCGAAAUAUUAUUCCGUUUCCUUUUCAAGUGUUCUCCAAAUUGAAGCUUCUUUUUUGUUUGCCAUUUGCCAUAAUAUGCGAUUAACAAAGAAAUUCUUCAAUAUUUGCUUUGGCUAAAAAGAACUUUGCGUGUCGCGAGUACGAGAAUCAAAUUGCAUUUUCUGUUUUUGUUUUCGUUUUUUUUUUACGUAAUAAUAAAAGCCCAUUUUUUGUGUCACUUUUCUGUGGUUUCUGUUCGCGCGUUUCGUAUAGCAACGCCGUUUUGACAGGCGUUUGAAGGAUGUCCUAUAAUUACAACAACAGCUCCGAGGAUUACUCAUACGAGGAUGACGAAGUAACAGAAGGUGCCUUACAAGUCUGGCGCACUCUACCCGAGCGCAUUCGUCAGGAUCCCAGCCUAGCAUCGUUUCGUCAGGAGCAUGAGCGUUUACAUGGCGACGUUGAUCCUUUGCCCUCCGAGGAUGCGGCGGUCGAGCAUAGAGAGCGACAGCAGCAGCAGCAGCAGCAGAAUGGCCAUCACGAUGAGACAACUCUGACGGCCAUUAAGACGACCCCAGUUGGUGUGGAUACAACUGGCGGCGGAUUCACACAUAUCGGUAUCAAUGUGACAAACGAGGUGGGGCAAGUUCGAGUACUCGAUGGCAGGGAUCUGGACAACAACAAUGAGGACCAGCAUGACGAUGGCGAAGGGCAUAGCAAGAGCAAGUUAAAAAAAUAUUUAAUUUGGUUCAAAAUCGCCAUACUUCUGGUUGUGUGGUGUGUGUUCACGGCCUUCCUUAUGUCCAACAACGAGCAUGUGGAUCAGCUGAGUCUCAUAAGUGUUCCUAGAAAUGGCUCAACGAGAGUCUUUCCAAUAACCACAUCGACAUUGCAACGGAUCGGCUUAGGUUUACGUGGACCCUUUCGUCUACAGGAGAACGAUCUAAUGCUGAAUGAUAGCUUACCCUUACCAGUGGUGCAGAUUCAGGUGGUCCGCACUUACUAUGACUUUUCUGGCGACGAAAUCUAUACGGAGAAUGCUGGUAAACUUUGGCAAUUGGAUGUAGUCUAUCCCGAGCUAAUAGACGCCACCAAGGAUACUAAGAAGCAGCGCACUUUUGAGCUAUCACCCACCGAUCCUCAGUGGUUGAGUCAAGGGAAUUCAACCCAAUUGAGGUUUGAAUUCACGAGCAGCAUCGAAGGAGAGCUUCCUUUACAGCUAAAUGUGGAUGAAUCUCCCAUAUACAAGAGGGAUGGUGUCAUCUACGCUGCAGUCGUGCUCUGUGGUCUCUACGUGAUGAUCAUUUGGGAAAUUGUAAAUCGAACAUUCGCUGCCAUAAUUGCAUCCACAUUAUCAGUCGGUAUAUUGGCUGCACUCAAUUCUCGACCCUCAAUGGCCACCAUUAUGGGUUGGAUUGAUGUGGAGACCUUACUUUUACUCUUCGGCAUGAUGAUCUUGGUGGCCAUACUCUCGGAAACGGGAGUCUUUGAUUACCUGGCCGUGUAUGCCUAUAAAAUAACCAAUGGACAUGUCUGGCCUCUAAUCAAUUGUCUUUGCCUAUUCACGGCCAUCUUGUCGUCGUUUUUGGAUAAUGUCACCACAGUUUUGUUGAUGACGCCCGUGACGAUACGUCUUUGUGAGGUCAUGUGCUUGAAUCCUGUGCCCAUACUGAUGUGCAUGGUCAUCUACUCGAAUAUUGGUGGAGCUCUGACACCAGUGGGUGAUCCGCCCAAUGUGAUUAUUGCCUCCAACAGUUACAUAUCCAAGAACGGCGUCAAUUUCGCUGUCUUUACUCUUCACAUGCUGCCUGGCGUCCUUUUGGUUAUGGCGCAAACAUAUAUUCAAUUGCGUUUCAAGUUCCGCAAUAUCAGCGAUCUGCAGUUCAAGGACUCGCCAGAGGUGGAGGAGCUGCGUCACGAAAUUCAUGUAUGGAAACGUGCUGCAGCCAGCCUGUCUGCCUAUUCCAAGGAUGAGGAGCUAGUUCGUCAAACUCUCAUGAAGAAGGUCAAUCGCUUGAAGCGCAGCCUCAAGAAACGCAUGACUGCAGUCAUAGAACCAGCACCCAAUUAUCAACAAACAUUGGCCAAUCUGCAGGCCAAGUAUCCCAUACGGAAUAAGGCAUUGUUGUACAAAUGUUCUGCCGCCUUGCUCUUUGUUAUCAGUUUAUUCUUCUUGCAUUCCGUACCCGAACUGCAGCGUCUUUCCCUCGGUUGGACUGCUCUGUUGGGUGCCAUAUUCUUGAUAAUUUUAGCUGACAUAGAGGACAUGGAAGCCAUUUUGGCUAGAGUGGAAUGGUCGACAUUGUUGUUCUUUGCUGCUCUAUUUAUAUUGAUGGAAGCGUUGACCGAAUUGGGGUUGAUCGAAUGGAUUGGCAAUAUGACAGAGGGGAUCAUUUUGGGCGUAGGUGAAGAUCGUCGUCUCAUGGUGGCCAUUUUAAUUAUACUUUGGGUUUCCGCUGUGGCCUCGGCCUUUGUUGACAAUAUUCCAUUGACUACCAUGAUGGUGAAAAUAACCAUAUCAUUGGCACAGAACAGCACUCUGAACUUGCCUCUGCAGCCUCUGGUAUGGGCUCUAGCCUUGGGCGCCUGUUUGGGUGGCAAUGGUACUCUGAUUGGUGCCUCGGCCAAUGUGGUUUGUGCUGGCGUGGCUGAACAACAUGGCUAUAAAUUUACUUUCCUACAGUUUUUCAAAGUUGGUUUUCCCAUUAUGAUUGGCAGUAUUAUAGUCACAACGGGUUAUUUGCUGCUUUCACACUCGUUAUUCGCAUGGCAUUGAUAAAGGACCUUUUGCACGGCGAAUUCGAAUCUAAAAAGGCGCACUUUACCUCGUUACCUAACACUGUUAAACAUUUUCAACACUCAUACUAUCAGUUGCUUGAGAAAUCAAAAAUGUAAAGAAUUUGCAAAUAGGAUCUUAUAGGAUCUCCUUCUAUAAGAAUUUAAAAAAAAAAAAAAAACAAAAAGUGAAAACCAAAAAGUAAACAAAACGAAAGAUAUUAUAAAAAAUAAAUACUAUAAAACAUAUAUAUAUAUAUAUAUUUUUACACAUUGUUGUUAGUGUAGUGCGUAGUCUAAACAAGAAAAUUACAACUAAAAUGGAAUAUUAAUUUAAUUAUUUAAACAUAAUUAUGUCGCUGAACUGUGAAACAAUUUGUUAAAUGUUAAAUGUAUAAUGUAAAGUGAAUCUAAAAUUAAAUGCUUAAAACAAA